AAUGUCACAUGACACUCCGGUGAAGGAAUUUUCCCUUCCACGGACACAUCGUUCGUCAGAGAAAACACGAUGGCCUAUAUUUCCUAUGGAUUUCUCAGAUAUUUUGUUGCUGUCUUCACCAUUGCCAGUCUUAAGGCUCUGGCCGUCGGUCCACUGUGUUUCUCAUGUUCUCAAGUGUCGGCGCCCGAGGACUGUACGACCCUUGUCGAGUGUGGCAAUGACGAGGUUUGUUUUGCUGAAAGAAGAAUCUCUGGGGAUCUACAAGAAACAUACACACUUGGCUGCGAAAAGAUGAUGGUGUGUCAGCUUGUGGGCGGUCUCACCAGCGAGACUCUCGUUGGCAAGAAAAGAAUGAUCAGAGCGCCACCUACCACAGCCAGAGCAAAAAGGGACGUAACUGUGUGCAGCAAAUGUUGCGGAGAAAGCCAGUGCAACAGAAAUGUUUGCGUUGUGACAGUAGCGCCACCUACCCAAGGCCUGCCAGCCUCACAAGAAGUCUAUGUGCGCCUAGUGGGAGGCAGCAACGCCUACGAAGGAACAGUGGAGAUCUUCUACAACGGCCAGUGGGGAUCCAUCUGCGACGACGACUGGAGCGGUGCAGACGCGGCUGUCGUCUGCAGAAUGCUUGGAUACAGCCCAACAGGAGCUGGGGGUGUGGUAGGAGGAACAUUUCCAGCCAGCAGCGGGAGGAUCUGGCUGGAUGAUGUGAACUGUACUGGGAAAGAAAACUCGUUGGUGCAGUGUGACAAGAGCGAAUGGGACAUCCACGAUUGUAAUCACAAAGAGGAUGCAGGCGUUCUCUGUUCUUCCGUUACGCCGGAAGAUGAUGUGAUUUUCUUGCUGGACACGGGGCUCGGGGGAGAAAUCUUCCGAAUGAAUCUGAUGACCCAGAGCUACACCACCAUCCCCAUCAACCGGCUGUACGCCCCGUCGUCUAUAGACUACGACCCGGAGUACGGGAGGAUCUACCUGGCGGACCCGCGCCUGCGCCAGAUCGUCAGCGUUCACUUCGACGGCACCGACGCCAGGGAGGUCCGGCAACUGAACAUGGACGCAGUUCUGGAGAAGGUGGAGGUCGACCCUUUGAACCGGAAGCUAUUUUAUACUGAUACAGGAAAUAACGUCAUUGCUGUCAUGAACCUCGACGGCACAGGCUACAAUAUUAUUGUGAACUCUAAUCUGGACGAGCCACGUGAUCUCGCCCUAGACCCACGAAAUAAGAAGAUCUACUGGAGUGACUGGGGAACAAGCCCGAAAAUAGAGCGAGCGAACUAUGAUGGAACCGAGCGUGUGGUCCUCGUCAACAGAGAUCUCAAGUGGCCAAACGGCAUGGCCAUUGACUACAACGACAACAGGAUCUACUUUGUCGAUGGAGGCACGCACCGUAUCGAGGUCAUGGACCUGCUGGGAGGAGACAGGCGAGAGAUCUUUCGAGAUGCUGGCGCCCACUUCUACUCCAUCGUCGUCUUCGAUAACUACAUCUACUACACGGACUGGAACCGCAACACCCUGAUGAGGCUUAAUAAGGACGGUUCCGGCAUCACACCUGUCGGUCCUCCCAGUUUCCAAGAGCUCACCGACAUCCGCAUCCAAAAGUACGGCUACGACCUUCCAGGUGUCACCACUGCCGCUCCCUUGUACUUUGACCGAGAUCGCGUGUUCGUGCGUCUGAACGGCGAUCACGUGGCUACCAGCGGCUACGUAGAGGUGUACGCCAACGGCCAGUGGGGAACUGUCUGCGACCACGACUGGGACGACAACGACGCCGCUGUGGUGUGUCGCAUGCUGGGCUUUAGCGAGCACGGGGCUGUGGCCACCAACGAGUCGGCCAGCGGCCGGGGCAACGGUCUGAUCGUGCUGGACAACAUCCACUGCCAGGGCACGGAGCGCCACCUGGUGGACUGUGGCAUCACGCAGGACGACUGGGCGCGACACAGCUGUGGCCAUGACAGCGACGCUGGUGUCCAGUGCACUGUGGACGACACUAUGAACAAUUUCUUGGUGUUCACGGAUUCAUACACCGGUCUCCUGGUCCGCAUGGAUCUGAAUACCUACAGCUUCACUGGCCUUCAAAUGGCGGGAGCCUACAACCCCGUGGCCUUGGCCUAUAACCCCCUGGACCGACGGCUGUACUUCUCUCAGGUGAUGAGCAACCCCGGCAGCCAGAUCUUCAGCAUCGGUCUGGACGCCGGGCAACCCACGCUCCUCAAGCAGAUGCCCAAGGUGCAGUUGCUUUGGUCGGUGGUGGACGGCCUGGCUGUGGACGGCAACAUCCAGCGACUGUUCUACACGGACAGCGGACUGGAUGUCAUCGGCUCCAUGGACCUCCACGGGAACGACCAGCAGGUAGUCGUCUCUGGGCAGCUGGGGCAGCCACGAGCCAUUACACUGGACCCCGUCAACAGAAUACUCUACUGGAGCGACUGGGGCAGCACUGCUAAGAUCGAAAAAGCUAGCUAUGACGGAUCUAACCGCCAAACCAUUGUCCCAACAAACCUCAAGAUACCCAACGGCCUGGCUCUGGACCCAGGCAGCGGCCUGCUGUAUUUUUGCGACGCCGGGACUCACGUGAUAGAGUCGGUGGACACAAAUGGAGGGCAGAGAAAAGUCGUCUACUCCGACCUCGGCGCUCACUUCUUCGGGCUGGCGGUCACCGCCAACAACAUCUACUACAGCGACUGGAACCGCGUGAGCAUCAUGCGCAUUAACAAGGACGGCAGCGGUCUGACGACUGCUGGACCCCCGAGCUUCACCCGCAUCAACGCCAUCAUCGCAUCGGAAGGCGGAAACUGACGGCUGGUUAUCUCCCUUGGCUGACUCUCGCCACCUGGUGGGGGAACUUCUCUCACUGAGAACCGCAUUGACGAUUUCUCUUCCAUGUUUGCUGUUUCAUUCGACAACCCUCUGACUUAUGAAUCUUUGAAAACACCGGCUUGUGUGAAGACAAAUGAACGAAUAAAUGCCUUUUUUCUUUUAAAACGGAAUUCGUAGAAAGUCGAUUUGAAUUAAUAAUUAUCUGUGUAUAGUUUUGUUUUUACAUGGUUUGUCAGCCAGAAACUCUUGUCGCUAACUGGCCGAUUAAAUGAUUGAUGAGUA